AUGACACGCACGUUCCCCCCGCCGACCGUCCUAGGAUCUGAGCAGCCCCUCAGCAGCAGUGGCGUAUUUACCAAGUUCUGUGCGAGCUGCCAGCGCCACGGGUUGCUGGUGCCGGUGGAGCGCGUCCGCGUGCUGCCGCCGACCGCCAUCCUUGAUAACAAGGCGUCCAACGGGCCGUGGAGCGCUCCUCGCGAGCUUCAGCUCCCACCCUAUCGGGUUUGCAACCAGACGAUGCGCUGCCCUGGGCCUCGGUUUGCCAUCUUCAAAGCGCCGCCUCCAAACGAAACUCCGGGCUCAGCCGUCCUUGGGCUCGAAGGCAGCGUGCUUGGCUGGCCGUUUGCCGCGGUCGAAGCGGAGAUGUCUGCAGCGGCGUUUGCAAGCUCGGAAGAGCUGUCGCAGCAGUGUGGGCCGCAGACCUGGGACGAACUGCCAGAGCAGUGGAUUACCUUGCCCGGCGCGCAGGGCAAAGAGUGCUUGCACAUGUACAUAAGCCACGGGACGCUGGUGCCAGCAGAAAACAAGCAGCGCAGAAAGCCUCGGAAGGCCAGCGGCAAGAAGAGGCGGCCGACGGCGUCGUCCGCGGCCGUUAUCGUUAUCGGCGCGAGGUCAGCGAGCUCUCCGCCUCCUGACACGCCGCCUUCGUCAGAGCCGUCUUCCUUUGCCUCCCCGCGGUCAACGACCCACGACCUCGACUGCCACGACCUCGACUGCCUCGACAGUGAGCUGUGCGAGGAGGGUCGCGGCGAGGCAGAGGAGAGCGGUAAGCGGCGGCGGGCCGCCACCGCAGAGGCUGCCACUGCCGCGGUGGCGAGGCCCGACUGCUCCUCUUUGCCGCCCUCACCGCCGGCCACGCCGGUGCCGCUGGUCUUUGCCCCGCGCUCGUGGCCGCUGCCGGCGCGUCUGGGUGCGUCCGCACCGAUGCAGGUCUCGCUCGCCCUCCUGAUGCUGUGCGCCGCGAUUAUGGCCGAGCUCCCCAAGUGGAGUCCGGAUUUUUUCUUCACUGCCACUGGCUUCGCGGUGAUGAUCGCCGCCAAUCGGGCCCUUGCACGGGUCUCGCCUCGCCUUUUCGCGAGUGCGAUGACGCUGCUGCUCGUCUGCGGCCCGACUCUGCGUCUGGUAAACGCCGUGGUCCGUUCGCCGGCGGUGCUGACUAGUGAGCUCGACAAGUUGGCGGAGGCUGGGCGUUACAUAAUUUUGCUAUGUGGAAUUGGCGGAUCCUUCUUCGGAGCGCUGCCACCCGCUGCCCUCCCUUCCUCACGCAAGCGGCUCGCAGUAGCAUACUUUGUCUGCACGGCCAUCUGCGGUGCCUCGAUUUUCCGAUUCCGGACGCGCGACGAGCGCAUGCCUUCCUUUCGUGUGCUGCACAGCGUCGUCCCCUUCCUCGUGUCCUUCAUCACAGCCGAAGCAAUCUCGGGCAGCAAGCAGGAAGUUUCGCCCCCUUCCUCUGAAUGGCCGGCUGCAUUCAUGCGGCGCAGCUGCGCCACGCAUCUUGCUUGCGCUGAAUGCUAG